UACUGCUCCAAAUAGACACCACAGCUCUGAAGCAACAAGAACAGAGUAGAGACAGAUACUCGAUUUGAGACAAAACAGCGGAGCACAUUUUUUAGUUGGAAUAUAACUAAACUCAAACUAAAUUAUUUAAUUUAAUCUUAAAGUCCAUCGUAUAAAACGAUGAAAGCUGAGUAGACGCACCUUGACACCGGAUCCAGGACGCACCUCCAGGGGCUGAACACACCCUCUCUCUGCGCUGUGGGAGGAGGAUGCGAUGACAAGGAGGGCUUCAAGUUCAACUGGGACAGCCCCCAAAAAGUUUCCCACACAGAGAAGAAAAGAAAGAAAAGUAGCCACAGAAGCAAGAGAGGGAAAUCUCCGGCCCGGCACCCCGGCUCAUGUUGAUCCAGGACUAAAACCAGACAUGCGUUCUGUAGGCAGGUCGUGGCUGCUGCUUACAGGCUUCAUAGUCUUUUAUAUCAUCUACCUGCUGUUCGGGGCUCUUGUUUUCUCCAGCAUCGAGCGGCCGGUGGAGGACAAUCUGCGCCAGGACAUGGAGCUCCUGAAGCGGGAGUUUCUGAACCAGAGCUGCGUCAACGCCGCGUCGCUCGAAGAGUUUCUGGUCAAAGUGCUGACGGCCAACAAGUACGGCGUCUCCGUCCUCAGGAACUCAUCCGUCACGUCAAACUGGGACCUGGCAUCCUCCAUGUUCUUCGCCAACACUCUGGUCACCACUGUCGGUUACGGUCACACCACUCCUCUGUCCGACACCGGCAAGGCCUUCUCCAUCUUCUACGCCCUGAUCGGAGUCCCCUUCACCAUGCUGGUGCUCACCGCCUGCGUCCAGAGGCUCAUGUACCCGCUGGUCCUCGCCCCGGUGAGCCUCCUGCAGCGCUCGGGCAUGGAGCCGCGGCCGGCCACCGCCGUCCACUUCGUGCUGCUGCUGGUCCUGGUGGUGCUGUGCUUCUUCCUGGCGCCGGCGGCCGUGUUCAGCGUGGUGGAGGCGUCCUGGUCCUUCCUGGACGGCAUCUACUUCUGCUUCAUCUCGCUGUGCACCAUCGGACUCGGGGACUUUGUGCCGGGGACGGAGCCUGGGCAGAAGUACAGGGCGCUGUAUCAGGUCUGCGUCAUGGUCUACCUCUUCGUGGGCCUGAUGAUGAUGUACCUGCUGCUGCGCUCCUUCCACAAGAUGGCCGACCUGCACGGCCUGACCACCUUCCUGCAGCUGCCGCGCUGCGAGGAGUCCGAGCAGGACGAGGACAGGGAGCCCAUCGUGGAGGAAGGCCUGACGCCGCCGCCUUACGUGGCGGAGAAGGCUGCCAGCAAGCCCCUGGAGCCGGGAUCGCAGCCGUCCUACAACUCCAUCAACAAAGGCUGAGCGGCACGGGGAAGAGAAAAAAAGAGGAAGAAGCUCUACCUCCGACCAUCCCUCCGCCUUGAACCGGUGAUUUAAAAAAAAAAAAAAAAACGCUGCUGGGCUGAAUCUGAAUCCUCGUCUUAAUUUUUUUUUUUUUUUUUUUCCAUUCUCCUCCUCGUCACAUCCGGAGAGCGUGUUCACAAUGAGGAAUUGAGAUGAGUUUUAAGAUUCAGUCUUUUGCGUGAGAAGACAAACAGUUUGUCUGCACAUAUGAAAGGACUGGACUGUGGCAACCCGCCUGGGCUUCGAGGGCACACGUGUUCUGUUUUUCCUCCUCAACACUGGUGUAGCUGUGGUGUGUUUACAGCCUCGGGAUCACACAAAGAAGGGCUUGAGCCAAAAAUAAAAAUGAAGAAUAAAUAAACUUUUGAUACACGGUUGGUUAUUUUCAGAUCAAUUUUUUUUCUUUCAUGUAUUUUCGUCUUUUUUUUUUUUUUAAUGCCACAGGUUUGGGUUGCUAGUUCAGGACUAACUUUGUGUAAUUGUUUUUAUUUUAAUGUUGGUGCAUUAUUCAACUCCUUCCCUUCCUGUUUCAUGUUUCAGGUCCAUCCACGUGUUUACUCCUUCACUUAAAAUGUUAAGUUGUUUUCAUAAAGUAAAGGUCAAAUGUGGAGAAUUUCUAAUAACUUAGCCACUAACUGGAAUAUGUUUAUUAUUUAAUUAGCUUUUCUUUUUGUGUGGCUCAGCCAAUUAAGAGCCCAGGAACCACAGACCAGCUUCUGUUUACCUCAGGACAAGAGGUGUCCUGCUUUAUGGUGCUGCCCCCUAGUGUAUGUCUGCACGUAGCGCCACACAUUAGUAACGUUGCUGCGUCUUCACAACAGUAACGAAACAGGGUUAAAAAAGGGUUUGGAGAAAAGGAAAUAAACCGAAAAAUAAAAAAGUGUUUCAUUGUGACGAUUGAUGAUUCAUUUUAACGGGAAGCCGAAAUGUUUAAAGAUGCACUUUAAUGAGAGAAGUGGAGCCGUGGUCGAGUGAGUAAGAUGAUCUAUAUCCGAUACUGUAUAAAACAAGUGUUCUCUGUGCAUGUUGUCGUUUAGUAACAAUGCUUUAACGUGUAUUCACAUGGAUAAUCGUAAAUUAAAGGAAAGCUUUGCCUUGUGUCA